AUGGACACUGGUGAGCUUGGCGCGCUGCUGGGAUCCGUCUCACGUCUGUAUCUAGUCCUUUUCGUCAUCGCGGUUUACCUGGUCACUGCUCGUCUUCGCCAAUACUAUCGCCUCAGCCAUUUCCAGGGUCCGACUACCACAGGCAUCUCAUGGUGGUGGCAUUCGAAGGCUGUGUUGAGCGGCCAAGCACAGCGCUUCUAUGGUGAUGUGACAGAGAAAUAUGGACCGAUUGCAAGAGUGUCGCCGGAGCACUUGAUAACGAGCGACCCAGAGCUAUGGGCCCAUAUCAAUGGCAUUCGGUCGCCAUAUCGUAGGGCGCCAUGGUACUACCAUGCAGCACGCUUCGAGCCCGGAAAAGACAACGUGUUCACCGAGUGUGAUAACGAGCGCCACAACGUCAGACGGAGGAAGAUGUAUGCCGGUUAUUCUGGGAAGGAGAAUCCAACUUUGGAACCAUCAAUCGACGGCCAUGUGCAAGAGCUCAUACAACUUGUUCAAACUUACGCUGCCCAACCUGCGUUAACAACACCGUUCAAAGCAAUGGACCUCGCCCAGAAGAUCCCUUUCUUCACUCUGGAUGUGAUCAGCCACAUUGGUCUGGGAACACCGUUCGGCAACCUCAUCUCCAACAAGGACGUGAACGAUUACCUCAAAUCCUCCGAAGAAGGUCUCAAGAUAGGCAACACAGCUUUCGGCAUGGGCCUCGGCUGGAUGCGAGAAACUCCAAUCAUCGGCCCAGCAAUCAGUCCUUCUGAGAAAGAUCUCACCGGUUACGGUCGCAUGAUGCACGAAGCGCGCAAGAUAGUCGACGCUCGCAGGUUGAAGUCAACAGAAGGCAAAUCCGACAUGCUCGCCUCCUUCAUCCGCAACGGUGUAUCUGGCGACGAUCUCUUCCAGGAGGCCUUCGAGCAGAUCGUCGCUGGCUCUGAUACCACCGCGGCCGCUAUCCGAAUCAUCCUGUUCUACAUCACGACCCAUCCCCGCGUAUACGCGAAGCUGCAGGCCGAGAUUGACGAAGCAGUGAAAUCAGGCGCUGCACCUGCAUCUCCAAACGUCAUCCCGGAUACCGAAGCACGCAAACUCCGCUACCUCGGCGCUGUUGUACGAGAAGGAAUGCGCGUCCACCCACCCGUCGUAAACCUCUUCUCCCGCAUCGCCCCAGAUGCCGGCGAUGUAGUCACUGUGCAAGGCAAAGAGUACUUUAUCCCCGGGGGCACCAUGAUCGGAUACUCCGCCUGGUCGAUGCACCGCAACAACACAUCCCUCUACGGCGACGACGCCGCGGUCUUCAGGCCAGAGCGCUGGUUCGUUGACGAGUCGAACCCCGCUGAGAAGGGCAGGCUGAAGGAGAUGAUCGAGACGAACGACAUGAUCUUUGGGUACGGGAGGUGGGUGUGCUUGGGCAAGAACAUUGCGCUGAUUGAAGUGCAUAAAUGUGUGUUUGAGUUGCUGAGGCAUUUUGAUCUUGCGUUGAGCAAUCCAGCGGAGCCGUGGAAGACGCACAAUAGUUUGGGGCUGUGGGAGAUCAAGGAUAUGUGGGUUAAUGUUACGGCACGGCCGUGAUGAUGGUAUGCAGAUUCGGCGGAUGGAGUAAUGAGACAUGAC